AUGGAAAUCGAAGAUUGGGCUGGUGGAUCGAGUGAUUCAGAGGUAUCUUCACCUGAGAGUGACUAUAAGGACCAUUGCUAUGCAUAUGGUGAUUUACCCAAGUUACAGUUUAGGUUUUUGGCAAAGAUCAGGGCACUAGAACUGUUCGAUGAUGACGAUGAAAAAUGUAUUCCAUCCGAAGAUAUUUACAAGAAGGUUGGAGGAGGUGUAGGUGGAUCUUCAUGGGAGUCAUUUGAAGUAUACAGGCACCUCAAAUCUUUAGGUUAUAUAAUUAAAAGACAUGAUGCUUGUGCGUUUAAAGCAAUCAAGGGGUCGUGGGUUCGAUCCUCAUUUAUGCCCGGUUUUUGGGCGAUUUUUUUGAAAUUUUAAUUCUUUUAUUUUGCAGUUAAAUUGUUUAAAUUAUCUUUUUUUUCUUGUUGGUC